AUGACACUCACACGGCGGCUCUACAGCACAGCGAGCAAAGUGCCUAUUAGCCUCAUCGCCGAGCUACGCCGGCAAACGACCGUAAGCCUCCCCAAAGCCCGGGAAGCCCUCGCCGCCUCCAACCUCUCCGUCCCGCGCGCCCUCGAAUGGCUCCAACACGACCUCUCAUCCACCGGCGCCGCCAAAGCCGCGAAAGUCUCGUCCCGCGCAACAAACCAAGGCCUCAUCGCACAGAGCCUCCUCUCCCCCAGCUCCGCGCUCAAGGGCACCCCGCACCCGACACUCGGCGGCAUCCGCGCCGCCCUCGUCGAGCUUAACUGCGAAACGGACUUUGUGGCGCGUAACGCCCUCUUUGCGCGGCUCGCUGCGGAUAUCGCGCAUACAGCCGCCUUCCUCGCUGAGCCCGGCGCACCGCCCCCGUCCCCCGCCGCGCUCGCUGAGCUUCCACUCGUACCAAGCCCCAGCACCAGCACCAGCGCCGGGGCAGGGGAACAGCAGCUCCAUGCGCCCGGAGACACAGUCGCAGCCGCAAUCCGCGCCACCAUCGUCAAAGUCGGCGAGAACAUCACCCUGCGCCGCGCGCACACCGUCGCGCAGGACCAGCUCCUCCGUACCUCCGCCCUCCGCCUCGCAUCCUACACCCACUCCCCCUUACACUCCCUCCCAUGCGGCCCGACAAGCGUUCUCGCGCGCCUGCGCAUCUCCUCUCCGUCUCUCCCACAACGCUGGACCGACCCCGCGUUCACCCAAUCCCUCGGCGCCCUCGAGCGCUCCAUUGCCCGCCAGCUCGUCGCGUUCGACACGCGUGCGGUAGAGCACAAUGAAUCUUUGGAUAACCCGGAGCAGGCGCUGCUCAAUCAGCCAUUUAUCACCAUCCAAGGCGAGCUCAACGGCAAACCCGUCGGCGAGGCUCUCGCAGAGUGGGCUGCGGCACAAGGGCUCGAGGCCAGCGAGGACGCGCCGCGCGUCGUCGACGUGCUAGAUUUCACCAAGUGGACCGUGGGCGAGCCGCUGCCCGAGCAGUAA